UCUAUUUGUCAUGAUCUCUGGGGGUGGGUGGUUCUGUUUGUAUCUCUAGAAAAUGUGCCAAACCAAAAGAGUUACAGAAAAACCUUUUCUUAUUUAUUAACUCACCUCUCUCUCUACGUCUUUGGUGUGAGUAAUAAUUCAUUUCUAUUCCUUACCAAAAAGAAAAAAAAUAUGUUUUUUUAUCAUUAGUUCUUUUUUAUCUCUCUUUUGUCUGUAAAACUCUGUGGAAGAAAAAAAUAUUAUUUUUUUGUAUGAUAAAUCGGGUCUCUCUCACUCUUGGGCUCUUGGGUGUUUCUGAGUGUUCGUGUCAGAACGGAAGAAGAGCCAUAACGGGAAAUCUAUCGAAAAACAAAGAAAGAAAAAAAGAAAAGAGCAAAAAAGUGAGGAACAACAUUUAAGAAUGGAUGACUCUGAGUUUGUUGAGGUUGAUCCAACGGGCAGAUAUGGCAGAUACAAUGAAAUUCUCGGCAAAGGAGCUUCAAAGAUAGUUUAUAGAGCAUUUGAUGAGUAUGAAGGGAUCGAGGUUGCUUGGAACCAGGUCAAGCUUUAUGAUUUCCUUCAAAGUUCUGAAGAUCUUGAGAGGCUUUAUUGUGAGAUUCAUCUCCUAAAGACAUUGAAGCACAAGAACAUUAUGAAGUUCUACACUUCUUGGGUUGAUACUUCAAAUAGGAACAUCAAUUUUGUCACUGAAAUGUUCACUUCUGGAACUUUAAGACAGUACAGGUUAAAGCACAAGAGAGUUAACAUAAGAGCGGUGAAGCACUGGUGUAGGCAGAUCUUGAGAGGGCUUCUCUAUCUUCACAGCCGUGACCCUCCUGUGAUCCACAGAGAUCUCAAGUGUGACAAUAUCUUUGUCAAUGGGAACCAAGGAGAAGUGAAGAUUGGUGAUCUUGGCCUAGCAGCAAUUCUCAGGAAAUCUCAUGCUGCUCACUGUGUUGGGACACCUGAAUUCAUGGCUCCUGAAGUGUAUGAAGAGGCAUACAAUGAAUUAGUUGAUAUUUAUUCGUUUGGGAUGUGCAUUUUGGAAAUGGUCACUUUUGAAUAUCCAUAUAGUGAAUGCAAUCAUCCCGCUCAGAUCUACAAGAAAGUUAUGUCUGGCAAAAAACCAGAUGCGUUAUACAAAGUGAAGGAUCCAGAAGUGAGACAAUUUGUUGAGAAGUGCUUGGCAACAGUAUCUCUUAGGCUCUCGGCGAGAGAGCUCUUGAACGACCCUUUUCUCCAAAUGGAGGAUUCUGAAUACGAUUUGAGACCAGUAGAUUAUUAUGGGGAAGAGCUUGAUAACUUAGGUCCUCUCCUUAGGCGGCCUUUACUUGAGCUUCAAAGAACCAGCAGUUCCUUUAGCAAUGGAUACUUGAAUGGUUAUGCUUUUCAGGACCAAAACGAAUGGGGGUAUCAACCUGUUGAGCUUGAAGCAAGUGGAAUUGAACUUUUCGAGCAUCAUGAUGAUGAACAUUGUGAAGAGGCUGGCAUAAGUAUCAAAGGAAAAAGGAGAGAUGACGGUGGCAUCUUUUUAAGGCUUAGAAUUUCAGACAAAGAAGGCCGCAUUCGAAACAUCUAUUUCCCGUUCGACAUUGAAAACGAUACAGCAUUCAGUGUUGCGACUGAAAUGGUUGCGGAGCUGGACAUCACUGAUCAGGAUGUCACCAGAAUAGCAGACAUGAUAGAUGGUGAAAUUGCUUCCUUAGUACCCGAUUGGCAAACUGGUCCAGGCGUAGUAGAAACACCCCACUUUGGUAAUCAGAACUUAUGCCACAACUGUGCUUCCAACCAUACGUCUGGCGGUUCUUUACUGUCGUUUCUGGCAAAUAACCCCGCCGUCAGUUCCAACAAUGUUGGUCAGUGUUGUAGACAUGGAUGUGCCUCAAUGCACGGUCGUUUCGAGGAGAUCACAUACCAGGCUGAUGAAUCGGAUCAUCACGAAAGUAGAGAACUCAGUUCGGUUGGCUCUGGACAGAGCCAUUCAGAUGAAGAAGAUGAGAAAAUAGAUCAAUCAAUAGUCACAACAAAGGCCCAGAAGGAGAUCAAAUUGGAUAACAAUAUUGAGACCAGUGCUAGAGGUUCUUUCAGAAACUUAUCAGGUUCUCAUUCUUUAUCCUCAAUCUCUUCAACUCAUAAUGAGCUCUCAGACAAUCAUGAGAAGGGAAUGGUGCAGGGACUAAGAUGGCUCAAAGCAAAGCAUCAGAUGGAACUGAGAGAGCUCAAAGAUCAUCAGUUAGGACUUGUCUCAAACUCUUCAAACAAUGGAAAUACAGAACACAGAUUAGACAAUGGGUUUUUGUCGUCUCUGGUAUUAAACACACUAGGAGAAAACAACGGAGUCGUCUUCCAAUCUUCUGCUUAUGACAGCAGCCAAUUCAUGAGUUCCGAUUACCGCGACAACAAUGUCAAUAAGAGCAGCCCCGGUUCGGAGACCCAAAGGGCCCGAAAAUGCGCGGCGAUGGAGUCUUCUCCUAAUGCUGAGGAUAUGGUCAAUGCCAAGAGUUUACACACAGGCUCGCUAUUCACUCAUUCUCUUCACAGAACAGUUUCUCUCCCGGUAGAUGCUGUUGACAUAUAAAUUAAACUUGUGAGGCACUAUUUCGGAUUCUUUUAUAAAUUUUCCACACACGUAUAGAGGCUGUACAAUUAAGUCCAGCCCUUUUCUUUUUUGACCAUCUAGUAUGAAAAAUCACCUUCGUUUUGCUUCUUCAAUUAUACAUCUCUCUCUCACACACACAUACAUAUCGAAGAACUAACCAUAAGAAUAAUAUUUCAUCAACUUGUUUGACUACAGGACUAAAUAUGUAAUAGCGCGUCGGUGUUGUCACUUGAGCAUUAUUAAAUUUUACAAGUGUAAAGUUCUUGUUUCC